AUGUCGCAGAAGCCGCGGAGCCGCGGCCGGCCCGGCAGCCAGCCCGGCAGCCAGCACGAGCGCGACCGGAGCCGGGACGGGGCCCGCGGCGCCGCCGACGAGGCCCCGAGCACGUCCCGCGGGUUUCCUGGCAGCAGCGGCUCGCUGCGGAGCCCGAAGCAGCUGGAGCUCAAGGUGGCGGAGCUGGUGCAGUUCCUGCUGGUGAAGGACCAGAAGAAGAUCCCGGUGAAGCGCGCCGACAUGAUGCGGCACGUGGUGGGCGAGGCCCGGGACACGUUCCCGGAGCUGCUGCGGCUGGCGGGCGAGCGGCUGCGGGACGUGUUCGGCUACCGGCUGGUGGAGCUGGAGCCCCGCAGCCACGCGUACAUCCUGGUGAACGCGCUGGAGCCGGUGGAGGAGGACGCCGAGGUGCGCGGCGACCAGGGCACGCCCACCACGGGCCUGCUGAUGAUCCUGCUGGGACUCAUCUUCAUGAAGGGCAACACGGUCAAGGAGACGGAGGUGUGGGACUUCCUGCGCCGCCUGGGCGUGCACCCCACCAAGAGGCACCUCGUCUUCGGGGACCCCAAGAAGCUCAUCACCGAAGACUUCGUGCGGCAGCGUUAUCUGGACUACCGGCGGAUCCCGCACACGGACCCCGUGGACUACGAGCUGCAGUGGGGCCCGCGCACCCGCCUGGAGACGAGCAAGAUGAAAGUGCUCAAGUUCGUGGCCAAAGUGCACAACCAGGACCCCAAGGACUGGCCGGCGCAGUACUGCGAGGCCCUGGCGGAGGAGGAGGGCAGGGCCCGGCCCGCGCAGCCCGGGGGGCCGGCGCCCACUUCCUGAAAGCGCUGCCGCGCUGGGGACACUCUGAUCUUUAUUAUUUUUAUUGGUU